UCCUCCUCCGACUCACGAACUGAAACACACUUCCACAACAUGUCGUUUGACACCGAACGGGCACGUUUUAAACUAGAAGCCUAUUGAAAAAUACAUCUAAAACCGAAUGCGAAAUCGCUGUAGAAAGUGAGAAAACAAGAAUCGAGAUGACACAUGAGACACGACCGCGUGACUUCCCGAAGUGACUGUAACUCCUGCUGCUCGCGCUCAGACACCCGACCCACAUGGCCCACAGCAGCGAUCAGUACACGUCUCUAAACUAUCCCGAGGAGAAUGACGAAACCAGGAGUGAAGAGUUUGAGUCAGAACUUCACCCAGACGUCACUCACAACCGUUCCACAACCGUCAUUCACCAGCAUAACACAGUGAGCUACACCCAUCAGACGCCCUUCCCCAGCUGGGACGGCCCCGUCAGGGCGGAUUCUCCUCACAGCCUGCCCUCCUGCCUCCCGUCUGCCGUCUACAACACGCUCUCGGAUGAAGGCUCGUUUUUCCCCAGCAGGCCUCACUCUCUGCCGGGCAGCUGUAGUCCGAGUCUGGAGAGUCUGGAGUAUCCCAGAUCUCUGCAUUCCUUUCCUCCGUCUGCGAACAUGUACCACCAUCCCUCGCCCUCGUACCCCAUCGCUUACCUGCGGCCGCCGUGCUGCAGUCAGUUCGGUCCACCGCCGCGUCACAUGAUUCCCGUCCAUCACUGCAGCUCCAGCCCCAGACAUCAGCCGCCCUACAGACCCUCAGGGAAAGUUUUUGUCACGUACGAGGCUGACAGUGAAGAGCAUUUGAAGGAGAUCAUUAAGUUUGUGUCUUUGCUGAGGAACAACGGCUUUGACACGCAUAUUGAUGUUUUCGAGCAGCAGCUGAACAGCAUCAGUAAGAUCGACUGCAUGGAGCGAUAUCUCAAUGAGAAAGAUUACCUGAUCAUCAUCAUCAUCAGCCUGAGGUAUUACGAGACCAUAUCAGGCAUGAAUACCAGUGUGGAGGGCGACGAGAGAACGUCAAACACUGUGUACAUCCACAAACAGCUGCAGAGUGAAUUCAUUCAGAACGGCUGCAGGAACUACAGGUUCAUUCCUAUUCUGUUCCCGGGGGCUAAAAAGUGUUACAUUCCCACCUGGCUGCAAAACACGCACGUCUACAGCUGGCCGAAAGACCGGGAUGAUAUUCUGCGCAGGUUAAUGCGUGUGGAGAAAUACAACCCUCCUCCCAUCGGCCCUCUGCCGACCAUAGUCUCCAUUCCCCUUUAGGGCAGCGCUUCAAAUCACAUACUACUUGACCAAUGACCUGGAACUGAUACAAUCUUUGUUUUUGACUUGUGUGAUCAGACUGCUGAAAGUUAAAGUAACAGUUCACCCAAAAAUUAAAACAUGCAGAAAAUGUCCUCACCC